CAAUCACUCGCGAUUCGCGUGAUGGGAUGUUUGAUUUUGUUUUGAAUAUUUGAUUGGCGCAUGUUACUAUAAUUUUAUUUCUUAUUAAUCAUAGCAAUAGAAAUAUUCUUCAGUUAAAAACUUAUACGUGUAAUUAGAAUUUAUACAAAAUAACAGCAUUCAUAUCCUGCAACUAUCAAGUGAAAAUGUUAAAUUAUAAUUAAAAUAUCAUCAGUGCUUUUAUGAAAUACAAAAAAAACUGCUCUUUGGUAUAAAAAUUUUAAUUUCAUUGAAAAAUUAUAACAAUGAGUCUCUUCAAAACAAUAUUAUCCCUGGCUGUGAAUAACACAAAGGUUGCAGUUAAAAAUAAUGCCAAUUCAUCUCUACGACCGUUACUAUCAUGUGCGCCGGUAGCUAUGGUGGGCUUCGACCGCGGCGCUCACAGUCAGGACAUCACCAAAAACAUCCAGUACAUCACCAAUGAUAAGAUCAAACUCACGCCGGAUCCAAAGACAAUGAAGUUGGACAAGCAGCUGAAUCGUCCGAUCUGUGUUAUGAUAAACUGGCUGUUAGCGCGACAGAAGCACGUGCUGAAGUACGCCUCGCUCUACCUCGAGCAGGGCUUCGAUGUCGUCUCCGUGUCCUGCACACCCUGGCAACUCAUGUGGCCAAUGAAAGGAUCCCAGCUGGUAGCUGGUGAUCUGAUGCGACUGCUGUCUGCCAACGAGAGCGAGCAGCCGCUGGUGGUGCACGGCUUCUCUGUGGGCGGCUACCUGUGGGGCGAAGUCUGUGCCCAAGUCAUGUCAAACAAGGACCUAUACCAGCCGGUGUUGGACCGCGUGACGGCGCAGGUGUGGGACUCUGCUGCUGAUAUCACGGAGAUCACAAUCGGCGUACCCAUCGCUGUCUUCCCAAAGAACAAGAUCAUGCAGAAAACACUCAAAGCUUAUAUGGAGUACCACAUGAAGACGUUCCAUGAUGUUGCGACGACUCACUACAUCAGAUCAUCUCAGCUGUUCCACACGAACCUGUGCCGCGCGCCCGCACUCUUCCUGCUCUCCCGCAGCGACCCUGUCGGCGCUGAGAGGAGCAACCGCGCUGUCUACGACUCAUGGUGCAAGAUGGGCAUCAAGUGUACAUGGCAAUGCUGGGACAGGUCUCCGCACGUGCAGCACUUCACCAAGCACCGCGAGGAGUAUGUCCAGCUGCUGAUGGCUCACCUCAGGGAACACACGCAUCUCGCCCACAAGUCGCGCGCCCACGCCUAGUGCCUGGCGCCUAAAUACCCCACGCAGAUAAACCCCUCUAAAACUAUGAAGUGAAGUGCUAGACAAAUAACUUUUAAAAAGGGAUGGCAGAACAAUUUUUAUAAAAUAAUGAAAAAUAUAAUAAAAGUACAGAAAAUGUCAAUUUAACAAAAAUUGUAAUAAAAUAUGUCGAACUAUUUUUUUGUCGACUAAAAAAAUUACUUUUUCGUCUUUAAGUUUUUAUUUUUGGACGUUUUUGAAUAAUUCAAUAAUUUAAGUAAUAAAACAUGUAUUUUCUGCCUACCACUCUAGGUCACAGGCGUGUUUUUUUGUAAUAAAAAUUGUGGAAGUAAGACCGACAAGGAUAUAUGUCUGGAGGCAUAAGUCAAACUAAAUUAUGACAGUUCACUAGCGCCCUCCUGUCAAUGUCAAAAAUGUCAGAAUAUCUCUUUUAUCCUGUAACUGUUGUCUUUUUUUAUGCCUUGUAUGUUGUCCUUGUUUAAUUUUAUUAAAGUUUUUGCCAUCCCUAAUCUAGAUUAAAUUAUAAUACUAAAGAAUUUAAUAGGUUAUCUAUGUAUCCUUUCUUAGCUUUUAUAUCUAAAGGCUCUCGAUAAGCUUAAAAUUAGGUUACGUCUUAUGUUAAAGUUACUUUUAAAAUAUUUUGUUUUUGUGCAAUUUGUUACAUAAAAAGUUUUUAAUAAGCCAUUACACCUUUUUGUUUAUAGUAUUCCGAUCUGAUAUAUAACAUUUUUGAACUAUAUCUCUUAUUUAUCGUAUAUUUUAGUUGAAAUGUAAUAAAUAUCAAUUGGAUUAUAUACAAAAUUGUCAAAAGUGUGUUUUCGUGCUUCAAUUUAUUCAUUCCGUAUAAAAGUAAUAAAUACUGUCUAUAAAACAUGUUUUAAAUAUUGUUGUAAACAUGUUUCUAGCAAAUAAAACACAUAAACGAAACAUAUACGAAUGUCUUUAUAUAAUUUGUCUUAUUACGCGCCUAGUUGAAAUGAAAAGCAAUAUUUUAUAACCACGUGUGAUUUUUGUAGUUUAUAAGAUUUUUACACACAU